AUGAGCCGCGCUCUGUUUACCGAAGAAGAGGUGCAACUGGCAAGUGAGCGGCGACUGAAAUAUAUUGGAACAGCGAAAGUCAGCAUUAGUCAAAUCCAGUUCGAUCCUCCUUUGCCUCGGGAUCUAGAUCCUAAGAAUUUGGAUCGACUUCGCAGGGUCUUCCGCCAGAACCGUUGUCGCCGUCUAGAUGUUGACAAUCAUGUCCCUGCUAUCGUGUCGCCACAUGAUCUCGCCGAUGCGUUGAGGAAGGCCAACAUAUCACAGCAGUCACUAUUGACGACGGAUGCUCGUCAACUACCCAGAAUUAGUUUUCUGGAAGGGCAGCUACUUGGGCUUCAUGGUCGUCACCGCGUCCAGGCCGGAGCUGAGGUGCUACCUCCUGCUGAUCGUUGGUGGACGGUGGAUCUUUACUCAGAUGAUAUUGGUGCAGAACUCAGAACUUCCUUGGUGGAGGAAUACGCCAACGAAAGGAAGCCGACCGACGGUGAAAUCUAUCGCAAGAUUCGACAAUACGAGGGCGAUUACGAUGAAACCUUCCGGGAGCGAUGGUUUGUACGUCUAUCGCGCAGCAACCAAGAGCGUUUGGAUCAGUUGGACAAUAAGAAAAACCGCCGUAUUCGAGGUGCCUUUGACAGGCUACUAACGAUUCCUGGACUUUGGCCAGGUGGGAUGAGGAUUAGUGUAGUUCACAGACUGAUAGCCUCCGGAUGUGUUGAAGAGACUAUAACUUAUCUGCAUCAUAUCUGGGACUUCUGGUCCUCCUUGGUUGCUUCGGACCACGCUUCCCUCAAGAGGAUCGACCAGAAUACUGUGGAGCUAUUGCAGCUGCUGGCACCUGGUAAAUCACGUACAGAUGGGCGAACAGCCUGUGGAAUGAUCCUUAGUGGCCAAGCAUUCGCCGAGUUCAGCGACGAAGAGCGACGGAUCAUAUGGUCCCGAAUGCAGAAUUUUGACAGCAUGAUCCCGUCUUUGUAUACCUUCUUCGAAGACUUCAAGUACCUAGAGGCCUGUGCCCACUGUGUCAAGCGCCUCUGUGGUCCGAUCGAUAUGUCGAUCUGGAGAACCAUGAGUUCAAUAUUCAAUCCACCCUCAGAAGAGGGAACCGCGACUUCAGGGGCAGCGGAUUCCCUCAUCCAGACCUCCGAGUCUACUUUCCGACGCCAGCCGGCAACUGAUAUGGAACGCCUCGAGACAGGAUAUUUACAAAUAUGGCUUUACGCAAUGAGGCACUAUACGUUAAUGCCCCCGGACCCAAAGAGCGAUGACGAGUUGUUGGCAAAAUCAACUCGUGCCAAGCCCGAUGAGAGGGCGAUUUACGAGAUGGCUGAACUCGCUCAACAGCUUGGCUUUCAGUCCACCGAAAUCGAUGCACUGAUCAAGAGUUCACCUGAUCAUCAGAUCGCACGAUCCGCCCUCCUACAAGCCCGAAAGCCCAACCGGUAUCGAUACGAUAGCCAGGAUUUUGAUCUUUUGGUCAAUCAGAUUGUGAGCUGUUUCGCCAAGGCUGUUUCCGUUCGACUGGAGCAGCCUCAGGGUCUUCUGGCGGAUAGCGCAAUGAAGCUAAAGACUCGAUCCGGGGAACCCCAAACACGGACUCACAAGCAGGAUGGACCCUUGCUGUUCUUGGACCGUUUGCACGCUGAUGUUGAGGUUGCCGACAAUGUCACCAGCUUUUUCGUCCGCCGUUGUGUAUAUUUUGCAUUUUUCGGAAAGUCUGCACGGAUUGCGACUAGCCAUGUCAACCAAUCCGAGGACAUUGGUCCAGAUCAAGGAAUGGGGGAGAUGCCUCCUUCGCCAAUGUUCGUCGAAGAGGACGACUUCCCUGUUACUCAUACACCCGCACCAGACCCCCAUCCACCUCACGGGAAACAGGGAGAGACACAGGAGCGGACAGCUGAAGUGAUUGCAGGACGAGGAGGCAGUGAAAGUCAGCAGCCAUUGCGGACGGACCAAAAAGAAAACGCGAGGCGUCGACGGCGAAAAUUUCAAAUACGCCGAGCUGUCUCGCGUCCGGAGGGGGAUAUGCACCAAGAGCCAAUGGAGUUGGAACUGCCAGAAGUGAAUCAUGACCAGGUUAUGUUAGACCGGAGUAGGUCGCCUGAAGAAAGUUCUAUCUCAGUCGGGCCUCAAAGCCAGCCGGAACCGGUCGAACCAGCGACGGUCAUCACGCAAUCUUCCCAUGUCUCUGCUGUGCCGGAUGUUGACGAUAGUAGGAGUGACUGCACACGAGUCCCUUUGGACGCAGUUCCGCUCGUGGAGGACCAGGAAGAGCAAACAAUGGUCGAAGAGGCCGAUAAAGACGAUGCUCCUGAUGACCAGACACGGGUCGAUGGUAACGUACGGCGAGUUUCUCCAGAACCAGAGGCAAGCAAUUCCUCGGUAAACAGCCAACCCCCGCAGGAAAACUUAGAUGAAUUUCUUGCCAGUUUGAGGAGAGCCCAGGAAGAACAGGAACAAUUGGAAGAGAGGUUGGAAAAUGAGCGGCUGAAUGAAGAGUUUGACUUACCAGGGCAGCCGCCUGACGAGACUUCUCGACUAGAAGACAGACAGGAUCCAUCAUCGUCGAGCUCUGAAAACCUACAGGAAGAGUCUGCGACUAGAGAAGUUCUUGCAGCUGCUUCAGAGACCACCACCGACGAGGCGCCUGCAGAACAUGUCCACCCAGGAUCGCCAGACCCCGUUGUAGAUCACCCACCGCCUCCUCCAGUUGUCGAAGAUCUGCGUGCCCAUACACCCUCCGCAGCCGAUCAUAUGCCAUCAAAGACGGCCGAGGAUCGGGUCCCUCAAAAUCACAUUGAGAUUCAACUCUGGUCCCUUGAACGAGGAGAGUGGAGACGGUCUGACCGUCUCCACAUAGAUCCGUCGAAUCCAUCGUUGAUGGAACGAGUGGCGCAGAAAUACUUAUGGAAAAAUUAUUCACUGUACGAUAAGGAUUUACACAACCUAAGGCCGGCCCAAUGCUACCGCGCAGCGACUGCUGACGGCAGCAAUGCCUUAUUUGUGGUGUCCGAGCAUGAGGAAAAGAAGCUGGCGGCCGAAGGUCGACUUGUAAAGGAGAAGAACCUUCUGUGGAUGGCAUCUCGAGUCUUAGACCGGGUAGAGGAUGUAAGGGAUCCUAGGCACUCAUGA